AUGCGGAAUGUGAUGCCAGGUUUAGUAGGUGAGACUCAGAGUGCUUUUGUGCAAGUCAGAAAAAUUCAUGAUGGGGCUUUGAUAGCCUGUGAAACUAUGCAGUGGCUAAAGUCAAGAAAAAGGAUCUCAGCGAUAAUUAAGCUGGAUUUUCAAAAGGCUUAUGAUAGGGUCAAAUGGAGUUUUGUGGAUAUAGUCUUGCAGAAGAUGGGCUUUGGCCAUAGGUGGCAGGGGUGGAUCAAGGAGCGUGUCUGCUCUGUGUCUAUGUCAGUUCUUAUAAAUGGGUCCCCCUCUAAGCCCUUCAAAAUGGAAAGGGGUUUACGACAAGGAUAUUCUUUAUCUCUCUUUCUGUUUGUGCUUGUUGUUGAUGUUCUUCAUAGAAUGAUAGGGGAGGCGGUGAGGAAUGGGUGCAUCUCUUUGCUGCUUGUUGGACGAGAUAACAUCGAGUUGUUGUACUUGCAGUUCACAGAUGAUACUAUACUUUUCUAUCCUCCAAAGGAAGAGACUAUCAGGAAUUACAAGCGUCUACUGCGCUGCUUCGAGAUGAUGUCUGGGUUGAGUAUUAAUUUUGAGAAGUCCAGUUUUAUUCCGGUUAAUUGUGAUCAGCGUUGGGCACGUAAGAUGUGCCUUUUGCUGGGAUGUAAGGAGGCCAUUUUACCAGUCCGGUACCUUGGCAUCUCUCUGGAAGCAAAUUCGAGACUAGUUAAGACAUGA